CCCCAAACUUAGAUGCUUCCCGACAAGGUUGUCAAACACACAGAAGAGGUGGGCAAGAAACGGAUGGAGGAGAGUUUGCUUAGGAGCGUUGAUGAGGAUGAAGACAUGGAGGAGAUCAGCAGCUUGGGGCAGCUGCUCAGGCAUGGAGUGGAGGAGAAUAAGAAGCUGUGGUACUUGGCUGCGCCGGCCAUCUUCACCUCCAUCGCACAGUACUCUCUUGGUGCCGUUACCCAGAUCUUCGCCGGCCACCUCAGUACGCUCGAGCUUGAUGCCGUCUCAACAGAAAACUCGGUCAUCGCCGGCCUCGCCUUCGGAAUCAUGCUCGGCAUGGGCAGUGCUUUGGAGACACUCUGCGGCCAGGCCUUCGGAGCCAAGCAGCUAGACAUGCUUGGCGUCUACAUGCAGCGCUCCUGGGUCAUCCUCACCGCAACCUCCAUCUGCCUUCUCCCCAUUUACGUCUUCGCCACUCCGGUCCUCCUCUUCUUCCACCAGGACCCCCAAAUUGCAUUCCUCGCCGGCAAAUUCUCCCUCUACAUGAUCCCGCAGCUCUUCGCCUAUGUCCUCAACUUCCCCCUCCAAAAGUUCCUGCAAGCCCAGAGCAAGGUCAUGGCCAUGGCCGCCGUCUCUGCAGUGGCCCUACUGCUGCACCUCCUCCUCAGCUGGCUCCUCAUUGCGCAGCUCAACCUGGGCCUCGUGGGGGCGGCCAUCUCGCUUAACGUCGCGUGGUGGUUCGUGGUGCUCGGCCAGUUCGCAUACAUCGCCAUGGGGCAUUGCCCUGGUGCUUGGAAUGGCUUUAGCUGGGGCGCUUUCAGGGACCUCGCGGCCUUUUCCAGGCUCUCCAUAGCUUCUGCAGUCAUGAUGUGCGUGGAGUACUGGUUUUACAUGUUCCUCAUUGUCCUAGCAGGCAACCUGAAGAACGCACAAGUUGCAGUGGCUGCUAUUUCAAUAUGCAUGAACCUAUAUGGCUGGGAGAUUAUGGUGUUCAUUGGCUUCAAUGCUGCAAUCAGUGUUAGGAUCUCAAAUGAGCUGGGAGCACGCAGGCCUAGAGCUGCCAAGUUCUCGAUACUGGUAGUCAUUGUGUCAUCACUCGUCUUUGGCAUCCUCUUCUUCUCCUUGGUUUUGUUUCUCAGGGAUGUCUACGGCAUACCCUUCACUAACAGCCCAGAAGUUGUGCAUGCGAUCACUGACCUUGCUUUGGUCUUUGCCUGCACACUUCUUCUCAGCAGCAUCCAACCUGUUCUUACAGGUGUGGCAGUAGGAGCUGGAUGGCAAACAUUGGUGGCUUAUGUCAAUUUAGGCUGUUACUAUCUUGUGGGAAUUCCUGCUGGUUACAUUCUAUCAUUUUAUUUUGAUUUGGGAGUGAAGGGGAUGUGGAAUGGAAUGCUCAUAGGAGUAGGAUUGCAAACCUUAGUGCUCAUUGGCAUUACAGUGGGAACAAACUGGGACAAGGAGGCAAAGGAAGCACAAUCUAGGAUAAGGAAGUGGGGAAGCUCUGUGAAUUAAUCAUGAGCCAACCAAUAAAGGAUAUCGAGGAAUAAAUGCUAUAUUUGAGAGUGCCCAAAAUGCAAUCUCUUUAAAAAUUGUAUUAUUUAUUUGAUAAAUAAAAUUAAUUAUUUGAAGGUGCUUUUUAUAUGUAUGUGAUUUGAUCUUAAAUUUAAUUAAUGAUGUGCACAAUACAAUGCAUUACA